GAUUAUCUAAUAUAAACGAUUUAAUUUACAAAGAAACUUAGAAACAUUAAAGCUACUUCUUUUUCAGGGAAGUUUCUGCUAUUGUAAGUUGUUGAAAGAGAUCCUGGGCAGGAUAAACAUUUGAGUAUUGUUUUAGCACUAUAAGCACAUUCUAAAUUUGGAUCACCCUUGCUCUGAGUGAGUCCUGUUCUUUGUCUCCUGGUCUCCUUGUCAGCAUUUUCAUCCUUCCCAGCACACAUGUGCCAAUUAAAAAGCUCAUCUCCUGUUUGGGGCUGAGUCUGGUAUGGUUUUUCAGCCAGCCCACAUUCACAGUGGAAGAUUACUUUCAUUCUUGGGGAGGGUGACACGGGCAUGAGAGGCUCAGUAUUCAGAUGAAAGGGCCACUUUGGUAUUAUUUAACUGUGUUUUGGCAAGACUCUGGUCAGUGUCUGGUUUCUCUUUGGAGCCAUUUUGCAUUAUAUUACAGUACUCUGACUGUGCUAUGCCAAGGAAAUUAAGAUCAGCUGGAACACUCAGUUGGUCAUUGGCUUGGACUCUUAGGGCACUGGGAACUUGAUGACCUCAUUUAGGCUGAACCUGCCUUUGUCCCCAAAGCAUAAGGGCUCUUUUUACAAAACCACGUCUGCAACUUGGGAAAGAUAUGAGCAAGGUUCAGAGAAAAAUGACUUAAUAGUGGAAGAUAUUUGGGUCAACAUUGAGUGUGGAGUGCAGAAUACAUGCUGACAAUUUAAUUGAGAAAGAUGAAGAGGAGGCACCAAGUCCCUUCAACAUGACCUUAGCCACCACGUCCUGUGAUCUUGGAGGAUCAUUUGAAGAUUGGUUUGUGAUUAAAGUUUACAGUGAGGAUGAAACCAGCAGAGCAUUAGAGGUGCCCAGUGACAUCACAGCCCGCGAUGUUUGCCAGCUGUUGAUCCUGAAGAACCACUAUGUGGACGACAACAGCUGGACCCUUUUUGAGCACCUGUCUCACACAGGUUUAGAAAGAACCGUAGAGGACCACGAGCUGCCGACUGAAGUGCUGUCUCACUGGGGAGUGGAAGAAGACAAUAAGCUGUAUCUUAGAAAGAAUUAUGCCAAAUAUGAAUUUUUUAAGAACCCAAUGUAUUUCUUUCCAGAGCACAUGGUGUCUUUUGCAGCUGAAAUGAAUGGUGACAGAUCCCCUACACAGAUACUGCAGGUGUUUUUAAGCUCCAGCACGUAUCCUGAAAUUCAUGGCUUCUUACAUGCAAAGGAACAGGGAAAGAAGUCUUGGAAAAAAGCUUACUUUUUUCUCAGAAGAUCUGGCUUAUAUUUUUCUACUAAAGGCACAUCCAAGGAACCACGGCAUUUGCAGCUUUUCAGUGAAUUCAGCACUAGUCACGUUUAUAUGUCACUGGCAGGCAAAAAAAAACACGGAGCGCCAACUCCCUAUGGAUUCUGCUUAAAGCCUAACAAAGCAGGAGGGCCCCGGGACCUGAAAAUGCUCUGUGCAGAAGAAGAGCAGAGCAGGACGUGCUGGGUGACCGCCAUUAGACUGCUGAAGUAUGGCAUGCAGCUGUAUCAGAAUUAUAUGCAUCCAUACCAAGGUAGAAGCGCCUGCAAUUCUCAGAGCAUGUCACCCAUGAGAAGCAUAUCAGAGAAUUCCCUAGUAGCAAUGGACUUCUCAGGUCAGAAGAGCAGAGUCAUAGACAACCCCACUGAAGCUCUUUCGGUUGCUGUUGAGGAAGGCCUCGCUUGGAGGAAAAAAGGAUGUUUACGCCUGGGGAAUCACGGAAGCCCCAGUGCCCCCUCUCAGAGCUCUGCUGUGAACAUGGCUCUCCAUCAGUCCCAGCCAUGGUUUCACCACAGAAUUUCCAGAGAUGAGGCUCAGCGGCUGAUCAUUCGGCAGGGGCCUGUGGAUGGAGUUUUCUUGGUACGGGAUAGUCAGAGUAACCCCAGAACUUUUGUACUGUCAAUGAGUCAUGGACAAAAGAUAAAACACUAUCAAAUUAUACCCGUGGAAGAUGAUGGUGAGCUGUUCCAUACUCUGGAUGAUGGCCAUACGAAGUUCACAGACCUCAUCCAGCUGGUGGAGUUCUACCAGCUCAACAGGGGGGUCCUUCCUUGCAAGCUGAAGCAUUACUGUGCUAGGAUGGCUGUUUAGCCAAACUGUGUGUCAUUUGUUAAACUACAGAAGAAGGAUGCAAAGGAGAAUGAUUAGAGAGAGAGAGAGAUCACAAGGCUGACAACAAAUCAUGGUGAAAAGAAGAUUUCACCUGUGGGUUACAAAAAAAAAAUAGGUCACACAUUGCAAAUUAGUGAAAACUUGGAUUCCUAUUACACUCAUGACUUUAAACUUAUUAGUUAAAAUUAAACCUUAUUAAAAAAUA